CUGACUCAACCUUUGAGCCAGCGCAUGUACAAGGGAGGAGAACCUUUGAUGGGUUACAUUCAUAAAUGUAAACCUCUGAGUCGCGCGUCACAUCCUUGGAAUGCUGUGGAAAAAAAGGUUUCAAUGCGGAAUGUUCGUCUGAAGAGAACAUCCAAGAACGUGUCUACAUGUCAUGGAAUGUCAUCAUAUCUGUGAUGACAGGCAAACUUUCAGGGACAAAUGACUCCUAAGUAUGUGAUUGAAACCCAACAUUGCAACACAAAAUUGUGCAAUCACAGGACGUUCUCCCUCAGCUCUGAGAAGACAAGACUUUGAUACAAAGUAUCAAGUAUUUAGUGAAAAAAGUCAGCUUUAUCGGACAUUGGUGUGGUUUCUUCCAUCGGAGGAAGUCCAAUAAUUCACUGCUGAUCAAGGAAAUCAUCUGAAUCCCGUUACUACAGGAGGAGGAGUUGAGAGAGCAAAAGGCAUCUCUGUUUCAUCAGCUGCUAGUUGGAGGAAGACUUUCUUCUCUGCAGCCCGGUUGACAUGGAGGAGCUACUACUACCACUACUACCAGGAGUACUACCAGGACUACUACCAGUACUAGCGACUACCAGCACACAACGCAAGAUCACUUGUGUGCUCGUCUUCUUUGUGGUCUUUGUGUGGAGGUCAGAAGGUGAGAACAAAGCCAACUGUCCCAGACCGUUCCAAGGAAAUCACAAAGUCCUGAGUCUCAAGUCGGCUCUGGUCAACUCCUUCGAGGAAGGUUCCAGCGCCAUCAUGGAGUGCGGCACUGGCUUCGUGCUGGAGAGCGGCUCCGGCUCCAUCACCUGCCACGACGGGAACUGGACCCAGCUGACUCUCACUUGCAAAAAGAAGGACUGCGGGCCUCCCACGCCUCAACCCAACAUGACCUUCAACAUCAGCGGCACGCUCCUCGGCGACGUCAUCAAGGUCACGUGUGACGAAGGUUACCGCAUCAGAGGAUCCAGCUACAAGGAGUGCUUCGCUGCAGGCUGGAGUGGAAUAGGCAGCUGUCUAACUAUUACCUGCCCAAAGCCUGCAGAGGUGACCAACGGCAAAGUCUUGUGGGACUCUCAGGACCUGCCAAAGUACGGCGAGACCCUGCAGUUUGAGUGUGAUGGCGGCUACACGCUCACUGGGGAGCGCAGCCUCGUGUGCGGCAAGGGCGGCAAAUACCAAGCUCCGCCUCCUCAAUGCAAAGAGGCGUCCACCUCAUCGAGUCCUUCGGCCACAACACCUGCUCUCAGAGAUAAAACUAUCACCCCAGCAGCAGUCACCAACACAUCACAAGAAAAAAGUGAUAUUGCUGCAAACGCCACUAAGGACACUGAAAAAAGCGAUAUUGCCGCAAACACCACUAAGGACACUGAUUAUCUUCCUGUUGUGGUCAGCGUCAUUUGCGUCUCGCUAGGCGGAUGCAUCGUAGCAAUAUGUCUGCAUAGGUUUCUUCUCAAGAAGAAAGGGUCAUACGACACUCAAGAAGACCUGAAGCCCGAGUUACUAAGCUUCCAAAAUGUGUAGAAGGUCCGCCUCACCGAGGGAGGGUUGGAAGAGUGCCUAUCUGCUGGGGAGCAUCUGGGAGCCAGGAAGGACGUGCCAACAACACCCGCAGCAGUUCCUCCGUCUGCAAGGGAAGAAAAAAGGGAAUUUAUUGAACUCUGGCGUCCACUGGCAGUCGAGUCUGCUGAGUCAAAAUGUGGUUUUUGUCGUCACAUUUCCAUUGUUAUUUAAUGUAUUUUCAAUGCUACCUAAUGUAUUAUUUAUGAUGAAAACUGGAAUAAAGAGAGGAGAGGGGGUGUGACAAACACGGCUCAGUUGGAAGACGCGGGGGUGGCGGCGGUUGAUAAAAAAAACAACAAUCAAGUGCAUUCUUCUCCUUCGCACAUUCUUGUGUGGCCCCUUUGCACGUCUGGGACUGAUAAAGGACCACUUUCAUGGCGAAGGAAUGCAGCAGACUACCUGUCACUCAAUGCGAUAUGUGACCCUGCUGCCUUACUUGAGUAUACUUAAGAGUAGUCCGUGUGCAGCGUGUAAAGAACUUUGGAAUUUUUCCAAUUCAAUAAAAGGACUGGCCAAAGAAAACUUAAAGCCUGAACCACAAAAAAAUCGACAGAAAAUUCCAAUUAUUUGAAACUGGAGCUUUUAUUGGUUCUUUUAAUAGAGAACACUCAAACCCUUUAUUUAUGGAAUCAAAAAUACUGAAAUUUCACGAGAUAGUGAAUUUGCAAACCGCUAAAAUAAAAGAGGAGAAAUAUAACCUUAUAGAAACAUGUAAAUUAAAACAUUUGUAUGCAUGUACAACACUUAAAACCUUUAGUGUACACCACCGUUCAAAACUUUGGGGUCACUCAAACAAUUUUGUGGAAUAGCCUUCAUUUCUAAGAACAAGAAUAGACUGUCGAGUUUCAGAUUAAAGUUCUCUUUUUUCUGGCCAUUUUGAGCGUUUAAUUGACCCCACAAAUGUGAUGCUCCAGAAACUCAAUCUGCUCAAAGGAAGGUCAGUUUUAAGUUUUCUACACCAAAAUUCAUAUAUUUAUUAAACUUCUUCUUCUUCUCCCAAUUUUGGCACGCUAUACCUUCCACAUUUUUCAACCCAUUCGAACCGUUCCAACUUCAAACUCUUUAGCCUAUUCGGGAAUUUGCGGGCUUUACCUUGAAAAUUCCAAAAAUUCCCAGAUUUCCCAGAAUUCUAGGUUUUCCGGGACAUUUUUCCCCAUUCAAAAUGAAUUGGCCCUUUUUCAAACUUCCACCAUUUCCACAUUUUUCAACCGAUUCAAACCAUCCUGGAAAUUUGAACUACCUUUUAUAAUUCCAGGAUUUUCCAGAUUUCCUGGUUUUCUAAAGCCCUAUUUCCGCCUUUUUUUCUAGCGACUACUUCCACAUUUUUCAACGCAUUUCAAACCAUUUCACCUUCAACACAUUCCACCAUCAUAGAAAUUUAAAGUACCUUUUUUCGAAGUUAAAAAAAAUUCCAGGAUUAUCCAGAAUUCCUGGUUUUCUAAAGCCCUUUUUUCUAGCGACUACUUCCACAUUUUUCAACGCAUUUCAACCAUUCCACCGUCAAAACAUUCUUCUUAAUCACGGCAAAGUUGUUUUUUGAACUGGGAAAAUUCCCGUAUUGCCUGAAAUUCCGUAAUACCAUUUCUCAAUUCAACAUGUUACUACUAUCAACAUUUCUCGACCGAUUUGAUAAAUUCCAACACCAAACAUUACAACUCAUUCAGACCAUUCAAGUUUUCUUACCAAUUUUUUUUUUUAAUUCCCGCUUUUCCCGAAAUUCACAAAUUUUGGAGAAAUUCCCAUUGAAAUCAAUGGGACAUUCUUCAAAGUUCCACAAUUCCCACAUUUUUCAUCCAAUUCAAACUUUUCCAACUGAAGAAUUGUGUGCUCUACUUCAACAAUUCUAAGAAAAUUCCAGGAUUUAUUCCUUCCUAUAAAAAUCGUAUUUAUCUCACCAUAUGAAAUGCAACUUCUCUAUUAAUGUUAUUACUUAUGGAGUGUAUUGUGAAUUAAUUGAGAAUGGGAAGUGAACAAAAGUGUUAGCAAUUGCUAACACUUGACAAAUUCCAAAAAUUCCCAGUUUUCCCAGAACUCAUUUUUCCCAUUCAAAAUGAAUUUGCCAUUUUUCAAACUUUCACAUUUCCAAAUUUUUCAACCGAUUCAAACCAUUCCAUCUUCAACACAUUCCACCAUCCUGGAAAUUUAAACUCCCUUUUUUCCAAGUUCAAAACAUUUCCAGGAUUAUCCAGAAUUCCUGGUUUUCUAAAGCCCUAUUUUCACCCUUUUUUCUAGCGACUACUUCCACAUUUUUCAACGUCGUCAACGUCGUCAAAACAUUCUUCUUAAUCACGACAAAAAACUAAGUUGUUUUUUGAACUGGAAAAAUUCCCGCAUUUACCGAAAUUCCAUAAUUCCAUUUCUCAAUUCAACAUGUUACUACUUCCAACAUUUCUCGGCCGAUUUGAAAAAUUCCAAAACCAACCAUUUCAACUCAUUCAGACCAUUCAAGUUUUUUUUACCACUUUUUAAAAAAAAAUCCCAUCCAUCCAUCCAUCCAUCCAUCCAUCUUCUUCCGCUUAUCCGAGGUCGGGUCGCGGGGGCAGCAGCCUAAGCAGGGAAACCCAGACUUCCCUCUCCCCAGCCACUUCGUCCAGCUCCUCCCGGGGGAUCCCGAGGCGUUCCCAGGCCAUGUGGAGGAGCAGCGGCUUUACUUUGAGUUCCUCCCGGUUGACAGAGCUUCUCACCCUAUCUCUAAGGGAGAGCCCCGCCACCCGGCGGAGGAAAGUCAUUUGGGCCGCUUGUACCCGUGAUCUUGUCCUUUUGGUCAUAACCCAAAGCUCAUGACCAUAGGUGAGGAUGGGAACGUAGAUCGACCGGUAAAUUGAGAGCUUUGCCUUCCGGCUCAGCUCCUUCUUCACCACAACGGAUCGAUACAGCGUCCGCAUUACUGAAGACGCCGCACCGAUCCGCCUGUCGAUCUCACCAUCCACUCUUCCCUCACUCGUGAACAAGACUCCGAGGUACUUGAACUCCUCCACUUGGGGCAGGGUCUCCUCCGCAACCCGGAGAUGGCACUCCACCCUUUUCCGGGCGAGAACCAUGGACUCGGACUUGGAGGUGCUGAUUCUCAUCCCAGUCGCUUCACACUCGGCUGGGAACCGAUCCAGUGAGAGCUGAAGAUCCUGGCCAGAUGAAGCCAUCAGGACCACAUCAUCUGCAAAAAGCAGAGACCUAAUCCUGCAGCCACCAAACCAGAUCCCCUCAACGCCUUGACUGCGCCUAGAAAUUCUGUCCAUAAAAGUUAUGAACAGAAUUUUUAAAUCCCGCUUUUCCCAAAAUUCCCAAAUUUUGGAGAAAUUCCCAUUGAAAUCAAUGUGACAUUCUUCAAAGUUCCGCAAUUCCCACAUUUUUCAUCUCAUUCCAACUGUUCCAACUUCAAACUAUUCAGCCUGUUUAUAAGAAUUGUGUGCUCUACUUCAACAAUUCUAAGACAAUUCCAGGAUUUCAGUUCAACUUCAGCAUUGGAGCAUUCACAUAAUCGUAUUUAUCUCACCAUAUGAAAUACAACUUCUCUAUUUAUUAAUGUUAUUACUUAUGGAGUAUAUUUUGAAUGAAUUGAGAACAAGAAGUGAACAAAAGUGUUAGCAAUUACUAUGUAAAGGGAAAGGGGUAGGAUUAAAUAAGCUGUGCUUCUUUCUACUCCUUUUCGAACAUGUUAUUAAGAAAAAAAAUGUAAAUUGUGAUGUAUCAUAUUGUAUGCGUGCAUGUUCCAAAUAAA